CAAAUAGCGAACAUACGAUAAAUCGCGGAACGGAAAACGACAACCCUCUUGGCUGUGACGUGGGCCUCCUCACCUCGCAUCGCCCUUCUAUUCACCUUCCAAGAAAUGAAUUCCCCAUCUUUCCUAAUUCUUGCUUUACAUGCUUCUCCUCAAUUUUUCUGAAUGGUGAACCCACGACCAGUUGAUGAGGUGGAUAAUGCCGCAACAGAGUAUAAAGCAAUGGGAACACCUUCAAAUGCAGCAUCUCAGACUAACCCGAAAAACCGUGAGUCCCGGAAUAUGGCUGCAAAUACAGAGCCAAACCCUAGCACGAGACAUUCAGACCUAACCCUUCAAAUACCUCCAAAGCCUGCAGGUCUUUUAAGCAGCCGCAGUGGAAAAAGUUUGCUCCAAUCUCCAGGAGUCUCGAAUGGAAGUUUGUCUGCAGCCGGGUUUUUACGGGCUUUAAGCUUUAAAAGGGGGGGCAAUGUGUCGGUGACUGAAAGGAGCUCUCUUCUAAAUCGAGAGCCAAGGACAGCUGUCGAAAGCUCGGCCGUCUCAAAUAGUAUAAAUUGGAAAAGGUGUACUUCACUUCCAGUGACUCCCGCCUCCAAUUUUUCCCCUUCAGUUACAGCUCCAUCCUCGAUAAGGACUCACAGCGAAAGGCAAAGGCCAAAUACAAGUGCACCUCAACAUACUGUUUCAAGGUCGCUAUCUGUACCCGGGAGGAAUAUUUUUAUCGUAAGAUCUUCAUCUUUUGUGUCCCGAGAAAAUCAUGCUCCAGAUACUGAUGGCGAUCAAAUAAGCCCCGAAGCUGUCCAUGAGGAUGAAGAGAUUCCUGAAGAGGAAGCUGUGUGCAGGAUUUGUCUCGACACAUGCGAAGAAAGAAGCAUACUGAAGAUGGAAUGCCUUUGUAAAGGGGCACUAAGGCUUGUUCAUGAAGACUGUGCAAUAAAGUGGUUUAGCAUGAGAGGCAACAGGCUUUGUGAGGUCUGUGGUAAAGAAGUUUCCAAUUUGCCAGUUACUUUGCUUCGGGUGACAAACACUAGUCAAAGGGAUAACAGAGAUCAGAACCAGAUCAAUUCAAUAAGCGCGUGGCAAGAUUUUGUGGUGCUCGUCUUGAUUAGCACAAUAUGCUAUUUCUUCUUCCUCGAGCAGCUACUGAUACAGGAAAUGAGAAAUCAAGCUCUUAUAAUUGCUGCACCAUUCUCCUUUACAUUGGGUCUUACAGCCUCGAUUUUUGCAAUCAUCCUCGCAAUAAAAGAGUAUAUAUGGACUUAUGCAGCUCUUGAGUUUGCACUCGUGGCCUUAAUUCUCCAUAUUUUCUAUACAUUGCUCCAAUUACCACCAAUUCAUGCAAUCCUGAUUUCAUCAUUCUUGGGACUUGGAUUGGCAGUGCUUAUUAAUGCCAUAUACAUUCGAUUCUUCUCGUGGCGUGCACAAGUCUCUCAGCCCUCUAACCCAGUUUGAUUUGGAUGUUAGUUAGCGUAGGUCGAUCUUUAUUGAGCAGCAUGUAAUAUAUUAUAUUGCGAGGUGAAAACUUGUGUGAGAAAUAGGAAACGCUGGAAGAGCUGUGUAGUAAAGUACAUUUAUAUAUCUUUGUUUGACUUGUGGAGUUGUGAUGCCCAAAAAGAUAAGUGUGGUAUAAUAUGGUAAAAGGAGGCGAAUUGAGCAGCACCUUCUUUCUCACAAAUCACAUUUUCUUUAACCAAAUAUCAUUAACACUCAACCAUGUGAUGAAUGGUUGAUGGGGGUGAUGCCGACGAGGGUGCGUUGGCGUUCCUCGACAAGCAUGACCGUCUUCGACCCCUUGUUUGAUUAUUAUUCGGUUUUUAUUAUUUAUGCUUCUUUUA